AUGGACAAGAUCAAAAAAGCUCUGAGUCCCAACAAGGACGAGACCAGUACCGACUCAUCUUCACCAACAAGAAGCUCCUCCAUCAAGCCUGCUCGUCGCUCAUCAAAAGCUACAGCCGAAUCGAAGAAAAGUCUAGAUGUCAGACCUACCAGUGAGCAAGUUGUGGAAAAGGAUGAAGUCAUUCGCGAGAAUGUAACUGGAGAAAGUAAAGUAACAUCUGUCGUGCCUUCUAUCGCAGUUAAACCAUUGGCGAAGGAUGGACUCGAUGCAGCUGAGACUAUCCAAACUCAAAAAGUCGUUGCUCCUGUAACUCAUAACUUGAUCAAACACCAAGAGACAGAGGAAGUCUUGAGAGCCCGUGAGCAUGAUCGACACAUUCAUCAUGUUCAACAUCACGUUCAGCCUGUCAAAGAUUUGGAAGUUCGUGAUGAGGUGCAUCAUACCACCGUUGCGCCUACUACCGUCAUAAAUGAGAACUUGUCAGCUACAGCAGACGACGCAGCUGCUUACGAGUCAAUUGGAACUCAAUUCAAAGAUCAAGUUGUUCAUGCUGAAACCAAACGAGAAGUCGUUGAUCUUGGCGAAACGGUUCAAGUUAGAGAACAUCAUCAUGUUCAUAAUGUGAUUCAGCCUGUGAUCGAAAAAGAAACUCACGAUCGUCAUCGAAUCCAUACUACUGUCCCCGUUCAUCAUAUAACCCACGAAGCUCCAAUCAUCCAUAACUCAAUCAGUCAUGAACCACUAAGUAUGGACGACUAUAUCAAACGUGGUGGUAGUAUAAGUUCUACUACUACUCAUUCGGAUGUAGGCAAACAACUCUUGGCUCAAAAACCUUCAGAAAUAGAAGAAUCAAAAGCCAUCAAAACUAGUCCCAAAACUUCUACUCCUACAAAGGUUGUUGAUGUUGUGGAAUUAGAAACUGAUUUGAAUCAAAAAUUAAAGUCUAAUCACCAUGUAGUCCUAUUAGUAUCAAGCUUAACUUGA